CACCACAGGAAGCAAUGGGGGGCAGAGUCUGGGAAAUCUGUUUGUUUCUAAAUAAACCAUGUACUCCCAGUGAGCAGCAGUGCGUGGGGUUGGUUAGAGUAACUAUUAGCUGGUUACUAAUUGAUCCCAGAGCAAGAGGGGUCAGGCACACGGUGCUGCAGCUGCUCACUACAUGCAGUGUCUGUGCUACUUUCCUGUGUCCCACUAUGGACUCUGAAUCUUAUUACCUGGGGUUUGACUUCAGCACACAGCAGCUAAAGGUAAUUGCAAUUAAUGAGGACCUGCAAGUUGUUCAUGAAGAUAACGUCCAAUUUGAUAGAGAUUUACCAGAGUUUGGGACACAAGGUGGCAUUCAUACUCACAGGGAUAAACUGACUGUCACAUCUCCAGUGUUAAUGUGGGUUAAGGCCCUGGACAUGAUCCUGGAUAGACUGAAAUCAUCCGGAUUAAACCUUGGCAGAGUCAGAGCUCUAUCAGGUACAGGGCAGCAACAUGGCAGCGUCUACUGGAAAAAAGGAACAAGGGACCAGCUGCAGCAUUUAAAUGCAGCCCUUCCUCUUCACAGCUUGUUAGAGGCAUGUUUUUCCAUCAUGGAUAGUCCAAUAUGGAUGGAUUCCAGCACUUCCACAGAAUGUCGCCACCUGGAGGAAGCUGUUGGUGGGGCACAGGAACUAGCCAACAUCUCUGGAUCCCGUGCAUAUGAGCGCUUUACAGGAAAUCAGAUUGCUAAAGUUUUUCAUCAGAAUGCAGAGGUUUACUCGCAGACAGAGAGGAUUUCUUUAGUUAGCAGUUUUGCAGCGUCGCUUUUUCUCGGGGAUUAUGCGCCAAUCGAUUACAGCGACGGUUCUGGCAUGAAUUUAUUAAACAUUCGUGAAAAGAUUUGGUCAGAGAUGUGUCUGGACGCCUGUGCCCCUAAUCUGAAGGAGAAAUUAGGAUCAGUUGUCCCCUCCAGCUCAGUCCUGGGGUCAGUUUCCUCAUAUUACGUCCAUCGUUACGGAUUCAGCCGUGAGUGUAAAAUUGUGGCUUUUACCGGGGAUAACCCAGCUUCUUUAGCAGGAAUGAGGCUGCAGCGAGAUGAUAUAGCGGUCAGUCUUGGAACAAGUGAUACGCUCUUCCUUUGGAUUCAAGAUCCUACUCCUGCGUUGGAAGGUCACAUCUUCUGCAAUCCUGUUCAGCACCAAGACUACAUGGCUCUGCUAUGUUUUAAAAAUGGCUCCCUGAUGAGAGAGAAGAUUAGAGACGACUGCUCAUCGGGCUCCUGGGAAGUCUUUUCUCAAGUGCUCACAUCCACUCACCCUGGAAACAAUGGAAAUAUAGGCUUUUACUUUGACGCUAUGGAAAUCACUCCGCAAGCUAUAGGUGUCCAUAGGUUCAAUUCUGACAGCCAGAAGUUUUCAGAAUUCCCAAAGGAUGUGGAGAUCCGGGCAUUGAUCGAAGGGCAGUUUAUGGCCAAGAGGAUUCAUGCUGAAAGGCUGGGGUAUAAAAUCAUGCCUCAAACAAGAAUUCUAGCUACAGGAGGGGCGUCCAGGAAUCAAGAUAUAUUGCAGGUCCUGUCAGAUGUAUUCAAUGCCCCCGUGUACACCAUCGCCACGGCCAACUCUGCUUGUCUGGGCUCUGCAUACCAAGCCGCUCAUGGUCUUACAGUAGAGACAUCGGUAUCACCCUUCGCCGAAAGUCUGAAAUCAUCUGAAGGACAUCAGUUAGCAGUCACCCCAAGACCAGGAGCUGACAAGAUCUAUGGAGCUCUGUUAAAGCGAUACGCUGAGUGUGAAAAUGCCGUGGUUCGCGGAUCGCAGAGCAGAUGCCGAAACUGACACGCGAACACGGAAAUGGAAAUUUAUGGGAAUACGACUCAAGAUACAUUCUACAAUGGAGACGUUAGGUUAGGAAUCAAUCGCUGGGAACUGAGCAUCUUCUAUGGAAUGCCAGUAAUAAACACUUCUAAUUACUGGUAUGGGAUCUGUUAUCCUGAAACCCAUUAUGCAGAAAACUCUGAAUUAUGGAAAUGCCAUAUUUUAUCCAAAUAAUCCCAAUUUUUAAAAGUGAUUUCCUUUUUCUGUGUAAUAAUAAAACAGUAGCUUGUA